CUGACGGCCAUGCCAGGCUCCCUGGCCUGUCGUCGUGGCCGGUGGGAGGCAGCCAGACGGACCUGUUCAGCCCUGGGGGUGAGAGAAGUGUCUUCACCUCCCCCGGUCCUGGGAGGUGCUGAACACUGAGUGAACUGGGCAGUCAGAGAGUGAGGUUGCUGCAGGGCCACCAAGUAGGGAAAGUUCUGGCAGGAUCUGAGGAAUGUGGGGGGGCGAGGCCCUGGCCCGGAGGCUAAAGUCAGCCGCAAGCAGCAGAGCCGGAAGUCCUGGACUCUCGGGGGUAGAAGGGGACCCCCCGACCCCAAAUCAGGGAGGACCAGGCCAAAACCUAGCAGGUAGCAGAAGUAAAGAGGCAGCAGUGAAAGGGAAGAGGUGGGCAGACCUGCUGCAGUUCCAGCCAUGUCUCAGCAGCGGGGAUACAGGAAGAGGCCUGGGACCCCAGGGCCUCCUGUGCGCAGCAUCCGGCCCUUCAAGUCCAGUGAGCAGUACCUGGAGGCCAUGAAGGAAGACCUGGCUGAGUGGCUUCGGGAUCUCUACGGGCUGGACAUCGAUGCAGCCAACUUCCUGCAGGUUCUGGAGACGGGCCUGGUACUCUGCCAGCAUGCCAACACUGUCACUGAGGCUGCUCUGGCCUACCUGGCUGAGGACCCUGUCCAGGCCCGAAGGAUUCCCAUGCCCCGGACGGGGGUUUCCUGCAAUGGAGCCGCCCAGCCGGGUACCUUCCAGGCCAGGGACAAUGUCUCCAACUUCAUCCAGUGGUGUCGCAAGGAGAUGGGCAUCCAAGAGGUACUGAUGUUCGAGACUGAGGACUUGGUGCUGCGCAAGAACGUGAGGAACGUGGUGCUGUGCUUGUUGGAAGUGGGCCGUCGCGCCUGGCGCUUCGGCGUGGCGGCACCCACCCUGGUGCACUUGGAGGCGGAGAUCGAUGAGGAGCUGCGGCAGGAGCUGGCCUUGCCCCCGCCCGACCCCCCACCUCCUGUGCUCCCCACACGCCGUCCCUGCCACUUCCGCAACCUGGACCAGAUGGUGCAGAACCUGGUGAGCCACUGCACAUGCCCAGUGCAGUUCUCCAUGGUCAAGUUGUCUGAGGGGAAGUACCAAGUAGGGGACUCCAACACCCUCAUCUUCAUCCGGAUCCUCCGGAACCAUGUGAUGGUGCGUGUGGGGGGCGGCUGGGACACGCUCGGCCAUUAUCUGGACAAACAUGACCCCUGCCGGUGUACAUCCCUCUCCCACAAACAGGGCAGCUUACUGAAGUCCCCAGGCCCACGGGUUCAGCAUGAAGUAAGGGUGCAGGAUGGACCCUCACAGUUCCAGCCUACCAUGACCAUCAGCCGCUCACAGAGUCCACUGCCUCCCGUGGACUGGAAGACGUAUACCUCAUCGGGCCAAAUGCUGAGGCCUCCUGCUUCCUCCUCCCCCAGACCCCAAAAUGAACGGGGAGCCGGGCCAGGGGACCUCAGAGAGAUGGCUUCAUUCCUGAGGUCCCAGGAGAGGCUACUCACCCCGUCUCGGAGGCAGCCGUCAGCAGGAGGCAGCCCACCCAGCCCCCAAUUUUCUUCUACCCAUAGGGGCCAAGACCCACAAUAUACCCCAUUAGGGAAGAGAGAGGACAGAUACCCUGGUGAACUCUCCAGGGGAAGGACUCCCACACCUUGGGUUUAUGAGGAGAAAACCAGCCAGGCAAUCCAUGCCAGGGUCCCUACCCUCAAGAGACUCCAUGUCCCUGAGGCCACCACCAAAGGGACAUCAGCAAGAAGACCUCUCCGGUAUUGUCCCUCUAGCACAGCACAGCCCACAGGCCUCAGGCCGCCACUUCAGCGUGAGGUUGAGGAUGCUUCUCCCCAGCUCAGGGAGCCAGCGUCUGUUCGUUCUCCAUCCCCUAUCAGAGGACUCACCAGGCUCCCCAUCCGCCUGCCCCCUGCCCACCCCUCCGCUCCCAGAAGCAGCUUUCUGGACACUGCAAGUGGAGGUCCCAUGGCAGAAAGAGACCCCAGUCCAUUAAGGGUUGUCACUGGGGAUCUGGCUAAGUCCAGACAUGGGGACUGCUCUGUAGAAGUGAGGCAGAAAGACCAGCAGCCAGACAACCAGGUCACUCCAGGGACGGGAGGGGACGCACAGGAGUGGGAGGGGAGGUACACACCACUGGCCUUGGGCAGAAUCAAGGAGAAAGAUAUCUACCAUAGCCUUGAAGAGGACAUCGUGGCCAACAUGAAGCUACUAGAGGUGGGGGGUGCCCAUCCCCAGGGCACAGGGUCUCGAGUUAUCCCCCGCAGUGGAGUCUAUGUCCCCAGCUUAGGUGGGCAGUGGCCUGAGCCUGGGGGUCCUUAUGACAAAGUCAUCCAAGAACUGACUCAGGGACCCCCAUGCCUUCUUAAAGUGGAUCUGGGAGCCUGGAAGGGAGCCCCUAGCAACUCCCUUAAGCCAGCUGUUACUACGGACCCUGGAAACCCAAAAGGGAAGCUGGAAGCCAGAGAGAGCGAGCCAAGGGCAAGGGCCAGCCCGAGUGCCAUGGGCACCAGGAUGAGAACAGUCUCACCUCCAGGGAAACCGGACUGCUCACCCCUAGCUGUGUCUGCCAGCCUGGAGCACCCCAGUUCUGACAAAGCCAAGGCAUGCCUGGGCAAAGGCAAGAGAACACUCCGGAAGCCCCGGAAGGUACCAUCCAUCUACAAGCUGAAGUUGAAGCCCAGAAUCCGGCCUCGCAGAGACCACAGACCUGAGAAACGGCCUUCCCGAAUCCCCAAGCCACUGGCCUACCUGCACCUGGGUCCAGCCAGGCCACCCCCCCGGGGCAGGCUCUUGAGAGCUGUGCUGGGCAGCCAGGGAGGGGAGGCAGCUCAGUUGGAUGGAGCUUCAGUGAGUGAAGAGAAGAGCGAGCCAGUCCCCCCACUGCAGAGCAGCCCCCAGCCUCAAGUAGGGCAGCUUAACCAAGUCCCACUCCUACCAGAGGAGGAAUCUUGGGUCUGAGGAGCCUAAGAAUGGAGAAGGGAAGCAAAAGGAUGCCCGUGUAUGCGAGAAGAGAAGGGAGGCUCCCUCACCUCAAUACAGGGCCUUGGCCAGGGGUGGCCCAGAAGAUAAAUAUAGACUCAAUCUGUUCUGAUGAGCAAAUGGGUAACACACUCAUCCAACUCCAGCAUUAGGCCAGAGGCAGUGGGGAGAUCCUACAUCCUAUUGUCCUCCCUUGGAUAAGUUCUAACUCCUGGACUCUGCCCAUGGUCACCUGGUUCCAUAACUGUAAGUAAUUAAACACA